UAUUUUCAGUUUGUUGUUUUUCUGAGCGACGCAGGGGUUGUUGGCGCCAUAUUGAAAGAAGAAAAGUGUUCCGUUAAACGGUGAAAACUGUACAAACGGCAGGAUGUUGUACCUAGAAGACUACCUGGAGAUGAUCGAGCAGCUUCCCAUGGACCUCCGCGACAGGUUCACGGAGAUGAGGGAGAUGGACCUGCAGGUUCAGAACGCCACGGACCAGCUGGAGCAGAAGGUGACGGAGUUUUUCAUCAACGCAAAGAAGAACAAACCGGAGUGGAGAGAGGAGCAGAUGGAGGUCAUCAAAAAGGAUUAUUACAAAGCUUUAGAAGAUGCAGACGAGAAGGUCCAGCUGGCCAAUCAGAUUUAUGAUCUGGUGGACCGACACCUGCGUAAACUGGACCAAGAGCUGGCCAAGUUCAAGAUGGAGCUGGAGGCUGACAACGCCGGCAUCACAGAGAUCCUGGAGAGACGGUCUUUGGAGAUGGACAGCCCGUCUCAGCCGCUCAACAACCAUCACGUCCACUCACACACCAACACCGAGAAGAGGAAGUACUGCGCUCCGACCCACCACACCACGGAGCACAUUCCAGAGAAGAAGUUCAAGUCUGAAGCUCUGCUCUCGACGCUCACAUCAGACGCCUCCAAGGAGAACACCCCAGGCUGCCGGACCAACAGCACGCCUUCGUCCACCAACAACGUGUACAGCGUGAACUCCUCCCAGCCUCUGGCCUCGUACAACCUGAGCUCUCUGCCCGCAGGGCCCGGGGCCGGCGCCGGUGCCAUCACCAUGGCUGCUGCUCAGGCCGUCCAGGCCACCGCUCAGAUGAAGGAUGGCCGGAGGACAUCCAGUCUCAAAGCGAGCUACGAGGCCAUCAAGAACAACGACUUCCAGCUGAGCAGAGAGUUCUCUCUGACCCGGGACAACUCGGGCUACUCCUCCUCAGCUCUGGCCUCCACCCUCACCCAGACCCUCACCCCCACCGCUGCCUCCGACUCCAGGGGACGCAAGUCCAAGAGCAGCGUGAAGUCGUCCAAUCAGCAGUCGUCCUCCUCGUCGUCCUCUUCCUCGCUGUCUUCCUGCUCCUCGUCGUCUGCACUGGCCCAGGAGCUUUCCCAGCAGGCGGUGGUUCUGCCCGAAGCCGACGCCAACAACCAGGUGGACUGGACCUAUGACCCGAACGAGCCCCGCUACUGCAUCUGUAACCAGGUGUCCUAUGGAGAGAUGGUCGGCUGUGACAACACGGAUUGUCCGAUCGAAUGGUUCCACUACGGCUGCGUGGGUCUGACUGAGGCCCCCAAAGGAAAGUGGUUCUGUCCUCAGUGUACCGCCGCCAUGAAGAGGAGGGGCAGCCGCCACAAAUAGAGCCCCUGCUGCCCUCAGAGGUCAAAGGUCAGAGUGUUUGAGUCCUUCCUCUGAGUGACAACUGAAGCCAUUUCACAAACUGGACUAUAAACUACAACUGUGGCUGCCUGGGUACAUUACAUGUUGGACUACAACUAUGGCUGCUCGAAUAUAUCACAUUGUGGACUCCAACUAUGGCUUCCUGGAUAAAUUACAUGUUGGACUACAACUAUGGCUGCCUGUGUAGUUCUUCUGGAUGGUGCUGAUGGGUAUGUGAAUGUUGGGGCGGUUCCACCUGAACUGUUUGAAAUCAAAUAAAAUGUUUUUGUAAGUA